CCAGGAAGCUAGCCGGGACGACGCCGCCCCAGACCCAGGGCCGGCACCUCGACCUCGGGGUCCUGCACCUCGAGAGUAGAUCAAAAGAUCCGGAAACCCGAGCCUGGGACCCCGAGCUUGGGCCAGCACCCCGAGAACCAGGAGCCUGAACCUCAAUAUCUAGGGCUGAAAUCUUGACAUCGGUCCCUGAAACCCCAAGAUUUGGAGCCUGAACCCCAUCAUAUGGAACACGGACCCCAAAAUUCGGCGCUGGGACCCCAAGAUUUGGCAUCUAAAACCCCAACUCUGGAGCUGAACUCUGAAUUCUGUACCGGGGCCCUUGAAAUCUGGGACUGGAUUUCCAAAUCUCAACCCUGGAACCCACUAUCUGGGACUUGAACCCUGGGAUUUAGGCCUCAGAUUCCAAGAUCUGAACCUUGGGAUUCCAGGGGUUCUGAACAUGAGUUUGGGCCUGAAGUCCUUGCUGCAGAUCUGAAUACUGAAAGCUGGGGCUACAGACCUCCAAAUCUUGUCUCAGCACCCCAAUAUCUGAAUGCAGAACUCCAGUACUGGAUCCCAAUACUGGGCUUGGGACUCAAACCCUAAACUCCCCCAUCUGGUUGUUUAGCAUCCCAAGACUGAAGCUGUGAGACACUGAUCCUGAACAAUCCAAACUGGGGCCUGGGUCUCUAAAACUGGACCCUGGAGUCCCAAUAUUUGGGGGUCUGGUUCCCCGAGUAUCAAGGUCUGGAGACUCUGUGGCCACAGAUUUGAGCUGAGACACAAAAGACAGUCCCUCAACAGAAAUCUUGGAGACAGCAAGGCAUGACCAGACACCCGCUCCAGAGCCCUGACCUCUGACCCCAUUGGAGCCUGAGGACCUUGCUCCCUGGGGCGGCUUCCAGCUCAGGCCGCCCCUGCCCGCAAUGGCCAUCCUCCCAUUUCUCCUUUGCCUGCUGCCACUGGCCCCCGCUUCGUCUCCACCCCAGCCAGCCACACCUAGCCCGUGUCCCCGCCGCUGCCGCUGCCAGACACAGUCACUGCCCCUAAGUGUGCUGUGCCCAGGGGCAGGUCUCCUGUUUGUGCCACCCUCGCUGGACCGCCGGGCAGCCGAGCUGCGCCUGGCAGACAACUUCAUUGCGUCUGUGCGCCGCCGUGACCUGGCCAACAUGACAGGCCUGCUGCAUCUGAGCUUGUCGCGUAACACCAUCCGCCAUGUGGCAGCUGGCGCCUUUGCUGACCUACGUGCCCUGCGCGCUCUGCACCUAGAUGGCAACCGGCUGACCUCGCUGGGCGAGGGUCAGCUGCGUGGCCUGGUCAACUUACGCCACCUCAUCCUGAGCAACAACCAGCUGGCAGCCCUGGCGGCUGGUGCCCUGGACGACUGUGCUGAAACACUUGAGGACCUCGACCUCUCCUACAACAACCUCGAGCAGUUGCCCUGGGAGGCUUUGGGCCGCCUAGGCAACGUCAAUACGUUAGGCCUCGACCACAACUUGCUGGCUUCCGUACCUGCUGGCGCCUUUUCCCGCCUGCACAAACUGGCACGGCUGGACAUGACCUCCAAUCGCCUGACCACCAUCCCACCUGACCCACUCUUCUCCCGCCUACCGCUGCUCGCCAGGCCCCGUGGCUCACCUGCCUCUGCUCUAGUGCUGGCCUUUGGUGGGAACCCCCUGCACUGCAACUGCGAGCUGGUGUGGCUACGGCGCCUGGCACGGGAGGACGACCUCGAGGCCUGUGCCUCCCCACCUGCUCUGGGUGGCCGCUACUUCUGGGCUGUGGGUGAAGAGGAGUUUGUGUGCGAGCCACCCGUGGUGACUCACCGCUCGCCUCCCCUGGCCGUGCCUGCAGGUCGGCCAGCUGCCCUGCGCUGCCGGGCAGUGGGGGAUCCAGAGCCCCGUGUGCGAUGGGUGUCACCCCAGGGCCGGCUGCUGGGCAACUCCAGCCGUGCUCGCGCCUUCCCUAAUGGGACAUUGGAGCUGCUGGUCACCGAGCCAGGCGAUGGUGGCAUCUUCACCUGCAUUGCGGCCAAUGCGGCUGGCGAAGCCACAGCUGCUGUUGAGCUGACUGUGGGUCCCCCACCACCACCCCAGCUAGCCAAUAGCACCAGCUGUGACCCCCCGCGGGACGGGGAUCCUGAUGCCCUCACCCCGCCUUCUGCUGCCUCUGCCUCCGCCUCCGCCAAGGCAGCUGACACUGGGCCCCCUACCGACCGAGGCGUCCAAGUGACUGAGCAUGGGGCCACAGCUGCUCUCGUCCAGUGGCCAGAUCAACGGCCUAUCCCAGGCAUCCGCAUGUACCAGAUCCAGUACAACAGCUCAGCUGAUGACAUCCUCGUCUACAGGAUGAUCCCGGCGGACAGCCGCUCCUUCCUGUUGACGGACCUGGCGUCAGGCCGGACCUACGAUCUGUGUGUGCUAGCUGUGUACGAGGAUGGUGCCACGGGGCUGACAGCCACACGGCCCGUGGGCUGCGCCCGCUUCUCCACGGAGCCAACACUGCAGCCGUGCGGGGCCCCACACGCACCCUUCCUGGGCGGCACUAUGAUCAUCGCGCUGGGUGGUGUCAUCGUGGCCUCAGUACUGGUCUUCAUCUUUGUGCUGCUUAUGCGCUACAAGGUGCACGGUGGCCAGCCCCCUGGCAAGGCCAAAGCUCCUGCGCCCGUCAGCAGCGUUUGCUCCCAGACCAACGGCGCCCUGGGCCCCACGCCCACUCCAUCAGCCCCAGAGCCUGUGGCACCUAGGGCCCAUACUGUGGUCCAGCUGGACUGUGAGCCCUGGGGGCCCAGCCAUGAACCUGCAGGACCCUAGUGGGGCAUCCACCUCCACGGCUCCUCUGGCCCCAGGGACAGUAGGACCCAGACACCCCACGGGAUCUGGCCUCAGACUCACCAAAUUGCUCACGGUUUUUAAAACUCUGAUGGGGAGGGUGUCGGGGACACCGGGGCACAACAAGAAAGUCCUAUUUUUCUAAGCUUGGGCCUGGA